CUAAUGGAUCCACGACGAAGAGGCGAUAGGAGGCGAAAACAUGAAUGUCAAAUAGAUGCGUGGGACUUCGCGUUAAUCUACCAAAUACAACGAUGUCAGCGUACAGUUUUGUCAGAACGCUCAAGCCGCUGAAAUGCAUUUUAGCCACAACAACGCGUCACUGUAUGAAGAAUAAUGUGUACAGAAUUCCGGCACGCGGUUAUGCGAAGAAAAUAGUGGUCAAAGGGAAAGGGAAAGGAAUGGUCAAAGAGGAGCUGAAAGGUCCCGAAGUGUGUAAAGACCCUGUGAAGCUCACAACCUACGCUGUAGGCAUCAACAUCUACAAACAAGGAGAGGAUCCUAAACUGAAGCCUCUGGAGGAGUAUCCAGAGUGGCUGUUCCAGCUGCAUUUGGGACCUCCUAAGAAAUUGGACGAGUUGGAGCCCGACAGUUGGGAAUACUGGAAGGUUUUGAGGAAGGAAAACAUUUGGCGGGCCAACAGAUUACAUAAAGGAAAGAAGCUAUAGGCCUCGGCUUGGCUGACUGACUGCCUCUCACAGAACUGUGCGCUUUAAACUCUGCAGGUUGAAUGUCUUGGCGGGAUGCGUCUUAAAAUCAGACAGACGUUCAGAUUAAACUUGAGUGGGGGAAAGGCUGGUCAUCAGGACAGACGAUGGGGGAGUACAACCAACCCUCUGACCGUCUGUUGUCUGCUUCUUGGUUGAAACACUAUCAGACCAGCGCCACCUUGUCAUUUACUGACUGGGUUCUUUUGAAAUAUUAAAACAUCUGUCAUUCGGUAAUAGUUAUUGAAUGCUGAUUAAACCUAGAGGCUGUCUGUUGAAAAUACAGGUUCAAAAAAGUGCUGACUGUCUGUGUGUAGAAGAGAAUAGUCCCCUGAAAAGGUACCCAUCAUCGUAUUAUCAAAUAACAAAAUUGUGAUGUACACGUUUGCCGGAAUACAGUUCACAGUUCUCAUGUUUUCUAUGUUUAAUGAUGAAUAAAAAGCUCAAAC